AUGACUAAAAGAAUUACUUCUCGGACAGCUAAAACCCUCUUAUAUGCAGGCAGAGUGCAGCUAGUUCAGAGUGUUCUAUUUGGGGUUCAAGCAUUCUGGGCACAGAUAUUUAUCCUUCCAGCUAAGGUGAUUAAAGUAGUAGAGGGGAUAUGUAGAUCAUAUGUUUGGUCUGGGACAAAUGAGAUUACCAAAAAGGCUCUAAUGGCAUGGGAUAAAGUAUGCUUACCAAGGGCAGGUGGUGGACUCAACAUAAUCAAUUUGAAGCUGUGGAACAAGGCAGCUAUUGCAAAAACAAGCUGGGAUUUAGCUCACAAACAGGACAAGCUAUGGAUCAGAUGGAUACAUGCUUAUUAUGUCAAGAAUCAACUAUUGAAGACAUUGAAAGUUCCUCAACAAGCAUGCUGGAUGGUAAGGAAAGUGAUUGAGUCAUACAGUAUAUUUGAAGAGGUGCAGUUCUCACAGAAUCAGAAGAAGAGCAUGAUCAGACAAAUAUACCUACACCUACUGGGAAAUUACAGAAGAAUGGAAUGGAAAACAUUGGUGUUCCAAAAUGCAGCAAGGCCAAAAGCUAAGUUCAUCAUGUGGUUGAUGAUCCAGGAAAGAUGGCUUGGUAAACAGAAAUUGGGAAAUGGCAACUGGCAGCAAUUUCUUCAAUGGUCCAUAAAUGAAGCAAAAGGGAAGACUGCUUAUGCGAUGAUAUUCAGAAUGAUGUAUGCCGAAGCUGUUUAUCAUAUAUGGCUAGAAAGAAACAGAAGAGUAUUUGAGAAGAAGAACACGAAUGAGGAGCAAAUUCCAAAAGAUAUAGCAUAUAUAGUUAGUGCUAGAGUCACUCCUAGGAACAAACAUUUUGUGUAUAGUUUAUGUUUCUAG